UCCACUCUUGCUAGGUCACAGCUAGGUCACCUUGGAUAGCUGUGGGCUUUUCAAUUUUUCUAUAAAGGGAUGCCCUACAAAUAGGAGGGGUAAACCUGCUGUGCUACUCUCAAGGCUGUAAUGUUAAACGUGUUACAUAAAUAAAUAUAGCACAUAAGCUAUCACAAGCGGUACAUUUAUUUUAAUUCUUCCCUAUCUCUACUCAAUCUUUCAGAUCCCCACUUUGGACUGAAAAGAGCUGACUUCUUGCCUCAGACCUAGGAUACACCAGAAAAUUCUUAGCUGCUACCCCAAAACAUCCACAUUAUCAAACAGAGAGGCACAGAGUUAGAGAGCCAAGCGCACUGCGAAGCUGUUGGAAGAAGAGUUAGAAAAACAAGUAAGGGCCACUGAACAGACAGCACGGGGAGAGGCCGGAGCCCCGGCAGGGAGGAGAGGGUUAAAUCCUUUCCUCAGCAGUACAAAAGAAAAGAGUGUGCGGAAAGAUUAGGAUUUUUGCUUUUACAAUGGGAGCUGCAGAAGCGUAGGGAAGAAGCUGAAGAAAAAAGGGGGCGUCUCCCCUUUAAAGACUCGCAGAUUGAGAAAGAGUCAGGGACAGAGAAUCAGAGAGAGUCUGUCUUUCUCUGGGAAAGGAGAACAUCUCUGCUCACAGGGCUUUGCACUGGGGGAAGAGGCAUCCGCGGGCUUCAGACCCAAGGGGGAGCCCGGACCAGGUCACCCCGGUGGAGACUAAGUGAGCGUUGCCCCUCCCUCCCUCUCCCAUCUCUUCACCCGGGAAUGUCUCGGCGAAAGCAGCGGAAACCCCAACAGUUAAUCUCGGACUGCGAAGGUCCCAGCGCGUCUGAGAACGGUGAUGCUGGCGAGGGCGACCGCCCCCAAGUCUGUGCCAAAUGCUGCGCACAGUUCACUGACCCAGCCGAAUUCCUCGCCCACCAGAACGCAUGUUCUACUGACCCUCCUGUAAUGGUGAUAAUUGCGGGUCAGGAGAACCCCAACAACUCUUCUGCCGCGUCUGAACCCCGGCCUGAGGGCCACAGUAGCCCUCAGGUAAUGGAUGUAGAACACAGCAACCCCCCAGAUUCCGGGUCCUCGGGGCCCAUGGAUCCUACCUGGGGACAAGAACGGAGAGCAGAGGAGUCUUCCGGGCAUUUCCUGGUCGCUGCUACAGGUACAGCGGCUGGGGGAGGUGGGGGCCUGGUCCUGGCCAGUCCCAAACUGGGAGCAACCCCCCUGCCUCCAGAAUCCACCCCUGCACCCCCUCCUCCCCCGCCCCCGCCUCCACCCGCAGGAGUGGGCAGCGGCCACUUGAACAUCCCUCUGAUCCUGGAAGAGCUGCGGGUGCUGCAGCAGCGCCAGAUCCAUCAGAUGCAGAUGACUGAGCAGAUCUGCCGGCAGGUGCUGCUGCUGGGCUCGCUGGGCCAGGCCGCGGGCGCCCCCGCCAGUCCCUCAGAGCUGCCUGGCACCGGGACUGCCUCCUCCACCAAGCCCCUGCUGCCCCUUUUCAGCCCUAUCAAACCUGUCCAGUCUGGCAAGACCCUGGCGCCUUCCUCUUCCUCCUCCUCCUCAGCGGCAGAAACGCCAAAGCAGGCUUUCUUCCACCUGUACCACCCACUGGGGUCACAGCAUCCCUUCUCUGCCGGAGGGGUUGGACGGAGCCACAAACCUGCCCCCACCCCCUCUUCGGCCCUGACAGGUGGCACAGAGCAGUUGAUGGCCUCACCUCACCUGGCAUUCCCAGGCAGCACAGGACUAUUGGCAGCACAGUGCCUCGGGACAGCCCGGGGCCUCGAGGCCACUGCCUCCCCUGGGCUCCUGAAGCCAAAGAACGGAAGUGGUGAGCUGGGCUACGGGGAAGUGAUGGGUCCCUUGGAGAAGCCUGGUGGAAGACACAAAUGCCGCUUCUGUGCCAAAGUAUUUGGUAGUGACAGCGCCCUGCAAAUCCACCUUCGUUCCCAUACGGGUGAGAGACCCUACAAGUGCAAUGUGUGUGGGAACCGCUUUACCACCCGAGGCAACCUCAAAGUGCAUUUCCAUCGCCAUCGAGAGAAGUACCCGCAUGUGCAGAUGAACCCACAUCCGGUGCCAGAGCAUCUCGACUAUGUCAUCACCAGCAGCGGCCUGCCCUAUGGUAUGUCUGUGCCGCCAGAGAAGGCUGAGGAGGAGGCAGCCACACCAGGUGGAGGCGUGGAACGCAAGCCUCUGGUGGCUUCCACCACAGCCCUCAGUGCCACAGAGAGCCUGACACUGCUCUCCACCGGUGCAGGCACAGUCACGGCUCCAGGGCUCCCUGCUUUCAAUAAGUUCGUGCUCAUGAAAGCGGUAGAACCCAAGAAUAAGGCUGAUGAAAACACUCCCCCAGGGAACGAGGGCUCAGCCAUCAGUGGGGUGUCAGAAAGUGGCACAGCAGCCCGAAUGCAGCUGAGUAAGCUGGUGACUUCGCUUCCAAGCUGGGCACUGCUUACCAACCACUUCAAGUCCACCGGCAGCUUUCCCUUCCCCUAUGUGCUAGAGCCCUUGGGGGCCUCUCCCUCUGAGACAUCAAAGUUGCAGCAGCUGGUAGAGAAGAUUGACCGCCAAGGAGCUGUGGCAGUGGCUUCUACUGCUGCUGGAGCCCCCACCACCUCUGCCCCUGCACCUUCAUCCUCAGCCUCUUCAGGACCCAACCAGUGUGUCAUCUGCCUCCGGGUGCUGAGCUGCCCUCGGGCCCUACGGCUGCAUUACGGUCAACAUGGAGGUGAGCGACCCUUCAAGUGCAAAGUGUGUGGCAGAGCCUUCUCCACCCGGGGGAAUCUGCGAGCACAUUUUGUGGGCCACAAGACCAGUCCAGCUGCCCGGGCCCAGAACUCCUGCCCCAUCUGCCAGAAGAAAUUUACUAAUGCUGUCACUCUGCAGCAGCAUGUUCGGAUGCAUCUGGGGGGCCAGAUCCCCAAUGGUGCUGCCACUGUCCCUGAGGGUGGAGGAGCUGCCCAGGAGAACGGCUCUGAGCAGUGUGCAGUUUCGGGGACAGGGAGCUUCCCCCAGCAGCAGUCACAGCAGCCCUCACCAGAAGAGUUGUCUGAAGAAGAUGAAGAUGAGGAGGAAGAGGAGGAUGAUGUGACUGACGAAGAUUCCCUGGCAGGAAGAGGCUCCGAGAGUGGAGGUGAGAAGGCAAUCUCAGUGCGAGGUGACUCGGAAGAGGCAUCUGGGGCGGAGGAAGAGGUGGGAACAGCGACACCAGCACCCACCGGGAAGGAGCUGGAUGGUAAUGAGAAAGCAGCCCAGCAGUCUUCUCUGCCACCACCUCCCCCAGCAUCUGACAGUCUGGAUCAGCCCCAGCCCAUGGAGCAGGGGAUCAGUGAUGUUUCAGGUGGCCUGGAAGAAGGAAACAAACCAGAGAGGAGCUCAAGCCCACCGCCAACAGCGCUUAACCCAGAAGGGGGAGGCACCAGCACCCCUUUGGUAGAGGAGCUGAGCUUGCCGGAAGCCAUGAGAAAGGAGCCAGGAGAAAGCAGUGGCAGGAAGGCCUGUGAAGUGUGUGGCCAGGCCUGUCCUAGCCAGGCAGCUCUGGAAGAGCAUCAGAAGACCCACCCCAAGGAAGGGCCACUCUUCACUUGUGUUUUUUGCAGGCAGGGCUUCCUUGAGAGGGCGACUCUCAAGAAGCAUAUGCUGCUGGCUCACCACCAGGUACAGCCCUUUGCUCCCCACGGCCCCCAGAAUAUUGCUGCUCUUUCCUUGGUCCCUGGCUGUUCACCUUCCAUCACUUCCCCCGGGCUCUCCCCCUUCCCUCGGAAAGAUGAUCCCACAAUCCCGUGAGUCUUUUUCUGUAUCUGCUACCCUCUGGCCCAGGGAGCAAAAGCUGAAAGCUCUAUAGGAAGACCUCUUCUCUGAGUUCUGACAUGGUAUGUCUCUAGUGGCUUUCCCUUAAUCCCUUAGCUUGGAAAUUGUGCUUACAUGGAGAUGACCUCCUCAGGAAUUCUCCUUUCUUUAUUCUUUCUACCUGAAGUAGAUUUUGUGCAGCUUUUACAUUCUCCCAGGGAGCCCUCUCCUUUCUGUAAGUCCUUUCCCUUUGGCAGGUGCGCCUGAGCACCCAUCAUUAGACCCACAGCCCAGCCCAAAGGGACUGGCAGCUGUCUGCAAAGGACCCAGUGCCACUCUCACUGAUGGCCAGUUCACACUUCAGGACUUCUUGUCCCAGGACCUUCCUGCCCAGCCAGUAGGGGUGGUUUCCAUACCUUUCUACAACAACACAUGGCUUUCUCAUCACGUGGCUUGCAUGUCUAGCCUUGGAGCUCCAGCUUCACCUCCACUACCGCUUUAGGCCUGGCGCUACCAGGACCCAUGGCUGGGAGGGUGACUCCAGCAACAGGGUUCAGGGAGGCCAAGGAGAAGACAGUCCCCCCUCUUAUUUCAGCCUGAAACAGUGCAGAAAAAGCCCAUCCUAGAAAAGAAGUAGCAAAGCAUACAUUUUUUGCUUUCCUGCUCCAGAAGGUGCUGGCAAUGAAGAUGUUCCAGUACUGGGCAUCCAACCAAAGGUGGUAGGGAGAAACAAAGGGCACAGGACUCUUUCCAGCAUAUGCCUUCGUAGUUGCAUCCUGGCCUCCGUGUUGACUGAUCAGGAUGCCAGGACUUCUCCAGCUUCUCAUUUAUCACUGCUUCUCAACAUGGGUAAACCAGCAGAUUUCUUGUCAAGAGAUCUCCUAUUUGGGGAAAUGUGAAGUUAGUCCAUAUCCUAAGUGUGAGCUUUGUUGGUGAAGGUAGUUGAUGAAGUAAUGAUAGAAAGUUGAGAUGUGUUGCUAAAACAUAGGGCUUGCAGGGAAUAUAUGAUGGAAAAAUGGGCACUGAGAUAAGGGAAGGGACUUGGAAUUCUUGUGUAUGUGAACAUCCUCAUGAAUCUUCUUUUGGGCUAGUAGUGACGUAGUGUACAGCAGUGCACCAGGGGUCAUGGGAGAUUUCCUAGCACUAGUGUGCUUCUAGUUUUAGAUCAACUCCCUCUUUUAUCCCCUGACUCUGUACUUUCCUUAUCUUUCUCUCUCAAGUUCGCUUUCUUCCCCUUUUGCCUGGUCAUGGACUGAGGAUUAUGUCUUUGCCAUUGUCUGGUUCUUAGGUUCCCAGACUUGGGGAGAGACAAGCUCCAGGGGUCCCUCCCUGCCUCUGUCAUGUAACAAGGUGUAGUGCUUACUCUUAACAUAGGAUUCUUUGGAACUGGAGUUCUGAGGAGGAGGAGGAGGAGGAGGAGGAGGAAGUGAAGGUUUUGCUGUGGAUUGAUGCUGACGUGAAAGCAUCAAUGGCUUCUCUUCCAAAGUACAGUUAGUGGGCUCCAGCGCUUCCUAACAUAGUGAAAUGUCAAGAGCAGACAGGAGAUACUAGUCUUUCCUUCCCUCA